AUGAGCUCCUAUUUGGCUUAUAAACAUUUAUCCAAUGCUAACUCAUUGGCUGAGUUUAGCUACACCUCAUCGGCAGAAGAUGAUAGUUCUCAAUACUUGGGAAGUCCCACAUAUCAGCUGAAUGGGAACGGCAGUGUCAAUACCUAUGUGGGAAAUACAGUCUACAUGGAUUCCUGGGCCUUGGCCAGUGGCUUGGUAACAUCCACGCCCAAUGGCGGCUACUACCAUAGUCCCUAUCUCAAUGAUCCCCAAAGGACUCCAGGUCAAAGCUCCUCAGAAACCACAAAUGAAACCCCAAACUCCAAAGUUCUGAAAACCACAAAAAAAUCAAAGGGCAAAACAAAAUUCAAUUCUUCGCUAUGGAAAAAAUCUUCAAACUCCGAGCUAGCGGCCCAAAAUCCUCCCAGUCCCUCAGUGCUAAAACGAAGACGUCAAGCGGCCAAUGCGCGAGAGCGCAAACGCAUGAAUGGUCUCAACGAAGCCUUUGAUCGACUACGCGAAGUGGUACCCGCCCCCGAUUUGGAGCAAAAGCUUUCCAAAUUUGAAACUUUACAAAUGGCCCAGACGUACAUCAGCGCCCUUAUCGAUAUGCUGGAGCAUGGCAGUGAAUCUUCGGAACUCAACUACAAUGGCCUUUACUCCCUGGACACCCCCACCUCAUGUAUGGCCUCUCCCGCCACCAGUGUGCAAUCGUUUGGCAAUGAUUUGAGUCUGCAGUGA